CCUCAGUACCGCGUCAGCCGUGCUGGGAGAAGGGUGUUGCGGCUCCUCCGUUGUGUUUGAACCCAGUGUGGCGAGGUCGGUCAUGUGUCGGGGAGUCUAUGCCACAACUUGGAACGCAAGCCUGUGAUUUUUUUUUAAUUAUUAUUCGGGUAAUUGAUUGUUGGUGCUCGUUUAAUGUCGUCGAUAUAAUGGAGUGAGAAACGGAACAAAGAGGAUUGUUAAUUGCCAAGCAGCACUUAGAAUAAUAGCCUAUGAACGUUCCCAGUCUUAAACGUCCAAAAGAAUUAGUGGAAAUGAGGCUUAAGUGAGACAAGUACUUGCCUAUUGUGCUUGCGGGGGUUGAGCUUUGGCUCUUUGGUCCCGCCUCUCAACUGUCAGUCAUCAAGUAUACACAUAACUAUUUUGCCAGGUACAAUACUUCGAAGAAGUAUACCAUUAAUAAGCCUGUACUAAACAUCCCCUUUUGCUUUAUAACUGGGGACAGAUAAGUUCGCCUUACCAAUUUGGAUUUAUGCUUAAUUUUUAUUUCUAAGCAGGAAAACAGUUUCAAAUCAUCCCAACUUUGAGGAAUCCCGUGACCAGAGAAUGACUGAACCACUCUAUGAUGUACCAAGCAGAGUGGUAACAAGCCUCGAGGCACUAUAUACCACCGCUGAAUGACCAUUUCACACCGGCUUAACAAUCCCACUUGUGUCAUUGACACCCGUAUACCAUCCCCCCCGUCGAAAAAAAAACUUAAAUCAGAAUUGGAGCGGUAAAAAAACACAAAAAAAAAACGCGAGAAAACUGGUUUAACAUCUGUGAACUUGGUAGAUUAUCGAGAGGGGAAACUUUUAAGUGUGAAGGCAGUAGUGAAGAUUCAACUUGCAGGUGCCAAGGCACCGCCCACAGCGACCUCCUCCUCCUACUAGGCUGGCCGGUGAAGAAGAUGAACCAAACUCACCAGCGGGUCUAACCAACCACCACGAAGCUCCAAGUCUCCCCGGGACGAUGUCACCUGUUGAGGGGAGCGGACUGUCUGCGGGAGGGCGGCGCGAGCCUCCUGCGCCGCAGACGCCGCCGCAGACGCCGCCGCCGAGGCCGCAGCGCGAGGUGCGCGUCACGCCCUUCAAGCGCAGCAGGUCCAGGGUCUUCUACGCCUCGCAGACCGCAGCGUGGGCUCCCGACGGGGACCCGGGCGCCGCCGGGGACAAGACGCCCUACAGGGAGCUGAGCUUCAGUCCCCCCUGCGUCCCUACCAGCGUCGAGACCCACGACGCCAGGACCACGCCCACCUCCAAGUUCCUAACGCUAUCUAGGAGUACGCCCACGCUUAGAAACACGCCCACGCUUAGAAACACGCCCACGGCUAGAAGUACGCCCACGCUUAGAAACACGCCCACGCUUAGAAACACGCCCACGGCUAGAAGUACGCCCACGCUUAGAAACACGCCCACGGCUAAAAGUACGCCCACGGCUACACAAACGGCUACAGCGACGCCGAAGUCUAUAGCGACGCCGAAGUCUAGGUUCGGAACUCUUCGUAAAAUCAGUCCAAUGUACAAAGAUUCUUGUAAGUCUAAUGAGGCGAUUCUGGAGGCCGGGGAGGAGACCUGCUGUAGCUCGGGCGAGGAGGCCGGGGGCGAGGUGUCCCCAGGAGGGUCCUUCCGGGGGUCCCUGCGCGGGUCCCCGUCCCACCGGUCCCAGGACUCCGGGUACUCCGACUCCGGGGAGUCCACCAACGCCCACAACGACAGCGAUGGCGCCCCGACGACGCCUCCGAACGUCAAACACGUCACCCGCGUCUACUUCGGCGACGACAGCCCCGACGACGACGCGUCUCUCUUCGGGGGUAAGAUUCUCCGCUCGGCCGAGCUCAAGAGCGGCCGAGUCGGGUCUCCGAGCGUCAGCCCGAACAGUCUCGGGUCCUCGGCGAGGCUCAGCCCGACCGGCAGCCCGAGCUGCCACUCCUCAGGGAGCCUGGAGGAACUCUCGGAGGAAUUAGAGCACAAGAGUGUGAUUGAGGCCGCGGCCGCAGCCGCCGCAGCGCGACGCACCGGCGCAGUCAGGAAGCGCAGCACCGAUCUCCUAGCCACGUCGGUGGCUAGGAGACCUCAGCGGCGCGGCACCGACAACCCCGACCACAGACUCGAUACCCGACGCCCGACUCCCCUCAAGGCCAGGCGACGCUGGUCUGCUGCUGAUCUUCAGCAGCAGACACUCAAGCAGCGGAAACCGCAGCAGCAGCAGCAGCAGGAGCUAACAGCCGCGUCUCCAACGUACACCUCGCGAAGCACCAGCACUAACGACCUGCCCGGCGGCGCCCACGUGGGCGCCGCCGGGAGGGUGGGCGGAUCGUGGUCCCUGGACGCCCUGGACGACCCCGUGCCGGCGUGGCGGGUGGCUGGCGACGCCCACCCACGCCCACACCACGCCCGCAGGACACAACACCCCGCAGCCAUAGCCACGGAGAUGAGAAACGCGUCGGUGAGCCAGUGGCUGCAGGAGCUGAGUGCGUUGUACGAGUCGGAGUGCAUGAAUACCCUCCAGUCCAAGUCCUUGCCGGGGGACACCACAAGUGGCCUCCAGUUGCCCGCCAACGCCGUCUCCGUCAACGCCACUUCCCGCCAUGCCAUCAGGGCCAUCCAACGUCGGGCGCAUGUAGUCUCAACCGAGUUCGCCAGACUGUGCCAGAGGCUGGAGUGGCUGGACUUGGGACAGGUGCCGGUGUUGGCGGGCUCCGUCGUCACGCACAUCAACAACUUCCUCAAGGACUACAUCACCCAGUGGACCUCCGCCGACCCCGACCUCCAGCCCCAGUCGUCGCUGGGGCGCCAGAGGAAGGUGGUCCAGCAGAUCUGUGAGCGGCUGACGGAGGUGUGCAGCGGCGGACGCGGCGACCCCGACGCCGCCCGCCAGGUGGUGCAGGUGGUGACGGCGCUGGGACACGCCUUCACCAAGCUGGUCGACCUCAUGCUCAGCCGCGAGAUUACGGUGGUGGUGCGGCUGCUGGAGGACCCUCAAGACGCCGAGGUCAUCUCUGCCGUGUCUCACCUGACGGCGCUGGGCGUGGACGGAGGUCACAUCUGCCGCCUGAUUGCGCGCCACGGGGGCGUGCGCGGCCUGCUGGGCGUGUGCGUGGAGCCGCGGCUGCGACACGCCCGGGUGGCGGCGCUCAGGGCCCUCGCCACCGUCUGCUGCGUCGUCGACGGCAUCGUCGAACUGGAGAAGGCUGGCGGCGUGGAGGUGGUGGCGGAGGUGCUGUGUGACGAGGAGGGUCCAGAGGAGGAGCGCAGCGAGGCGGCCGGGGUGCUGGCGCAGAUCACCUCGCCCUGGGUGGAGAACGCCCACCGCCUCGCCGCCCUCCACACCCACAUGGGCGCCAUCGUCGCCGCCCUGACAGGGCUGGCUCAGGGUACGCGGUCCUCUGAGAUCUUCCUCCUGGCGUCUGCGGCGCUGGCCAACCUGACGUUCCUUGACGGCGGGUGUGUCGAGGCCAUGAGGGCCGCCGGCACCGCCCAGGUCCUCCUCAAGGCCGCCAGAGACAACCCCACCAUCUCCAUCUUCACUAAGGAUCAGAUCGCGACGGUGUUGGCCAACCUGGCGGGGUGGCGGGAAGCAGCAGAGGAGGUGGUGGUGGGCGGGGGCGUGGCCCUCCUGCUGGCCCUCCUCCACACCCGCCCCGCCCCCACCCACCGCCUCCCGGAGGUGGCCACGGCAGAGAGGAUACAACAGAAGUCCGCUAUCGCUCUCUCCAGGUUGUGUCGGGAGGCGAGUGUGGCGCAGCAGGUGGUGGAGCUGGGCGGGGCGGCGCGGCUGGUGAGACUGUGUAAGGACGAAGAGGAACGGAACCACAGCGACGCCGUCCUCGUCGCCUGCCUGGCGGCCCUGCGGAAGAUUGCGUCGUCGCUGGGGUCUGAGGAGUUGCGAGGAAUGGACGCCGCCGAGCUGGUCGAGCCCCGCCUUCUGGACUCCUUCCUCAUCUACUCCUCCCGACAGGAGAGCUACGUGUAGAGGAAGCACCAGUGACACCCUUGCGUCUCCUCCAGCGUCGUCAAAGAUGCAUUAGCAUCGAAGACGACGUGUCAUCACAGACGUGUUCUUACACCCGGAGCCUGUCGUCUGCCUCUAGGGGAAGAGACGAGGUUCACAGCAUCAAAGUCAUAUUCAGAUGCAAUAUAUGGGGUCUGAUCUCCUGCCGCUAUGGAAACAUAGUGGAGAAAGUUAAAAAUCAAUUCGAGAGGCCCUAUUGUUGACUUUUGAAUUCUUUAUCGUGUAUUUAGUGAGAGGAAAGAUGUGCACGAGUCAUAAAUUGACCUCUUAACAAAUCAAUCGACUGAAAAUUAUUCUAAAAAAAAAAUAUUAUUUGAUAUAUCACAUCAUCCAAAUUUCAUACAUAGAAUUUGUUGUUAGUUUUUAUCCAGCACAUUUGUUAUGGAAGAUCCCAGCACAGUGAACCUUUAAUACAUAAAAUUGUAUCCUUGAUAUUCCUACUUUCUUUCAGAAUAACAUGACAGAAUACUUUAUGUAAUAUAUAUAUAUAUAUAUAUAUAUAUAUAUAUAUAUAUAUAUAUAUAUAUAUAUAUAUAUAUAUAUAUAUAUAUAUAUAUAUAUAUAUAUAAUAUAAUAUCACGCCUUCCAGGAACUGUUGAAACAGUUUUUAUCCUUCGAAAUCUUUCAUAUUUUAUAUAACUUGUCGGUAAUAAUGGAUAUCGAGAUGGAAAACCACGUGCCUUGUCCACCAUCUUAACCAAGGCCUUUGAUCACCAUCUUGCUAGUCACUUGUCUCUACCAAAAAGUUUAUUAAACCUCUUGUGUAUAAUCUGUACAUUCCAUUUGUUGUAUCAUAUUGUAUAUUUAUUAAUAUAAAUGAUAUACUGGA